GGGCCGGGGCGGCACGCGCUCGCGUCUCUGAUUCGCCGGGAGGCGGGGGGCGGGCGCUGCCCGGCGGACCGCGGGGACGAUUGGCCGGCGGGUGGCUCUCGAGGCGUCCGGAUUGGCCGUCAGGAUUCUGGCAGGUUCCAGAAGCGGCGGCGGCGGGCAUAAAAGGAGCGGUGGCGGCGCGGGCUGGGCAUAUCGCGCCGCGGCGGCAGCGGGAGCGGGCGGGGGAGGCACGGACGAGGCAGCAGCGCACAGGGAACCGACACCAUGUCUUCCAAAGGGCCGGCCAUCGGCAUCGACCUGGGCACCACGUACUCCUGCGUGGGCGUAUUCCAGCACGGCAAGGUGGAGAUCAUCGCCAACGACCAGGGCAACCGCACCACACCCAGCUAUGUGGCGUUCACUGACACCGAGAGGCUCAUCGGCGAUGCCGCCAAGAAUCAGGUGGCGAUGAACCCCACCAACACAAUCUUCGAUGCCAAGCGCCUCAUCGGCCGCAAGUAUGAUGACCCCACAGUGCAGUCAGACAUGAAGCACUGGCCCUUCCGUGUGGUGAAUGAGGGCGGCAAGCCCAAGGUGCAGGUGGAGUACAAGGGGGAGAUGAAGACUUUCUUCCCAGAGGAGAUCAGCUCCAUGGUGCUCACCAAGAUGAAGGAGAUUGCUGAGGCCUACCUGGGGCGCAAGGUGCAGAACGCUGUGAUCACGGUGCCGGCAUACUUCAAUGACUCCCAGCGCCAGGCCACCAAGGAUGCUGGCACCAUCACUGGCCUCAACGUGAUGCGCAUCAUCAAUGAGCCCACGGCAGCUGCCAUCGCCUAUGGCCUGGACAAGAAAGGAACCCGGGCCGGAGAAAAGAAUGUGCUCAUCUUCGACCUGGGAGGGGGCACUUUUGAUGUGUCCAUCCUUACCAUCGAGGAUGGGAUCUUUGAGGUGAAGUCCACGGCUGGUGACACCCACCUGGGUGGGGAGGACUUUGACAACCGUAUGGUGAACCACUUUGUGGAAGAGUUCAAGCGCAAGCACAAGCGCGACAUCGCUGGCAACAAGCGGGCGGUGAGGCGGCUGCGCACGGCUUGUGAGAGGGCCAAGCGCACCCUCAGCUCCUCCACGCAGGCCAGCAUUGAGAUUGACUCCCUUUUUGAGGGCAUUGACUUCUACACCUCCAUCACUCGUGCCCGCUUCGAGGAGCUCAAUGCUGAUCUCUUCCGUGGCACUCUGGAGCCGUGGAUCCAGGCAGGACCCUUUGUGAUGCCAGAGCUCUCUGAGGUCACAGUGGCCACCCUGAUGCAUCACAAAGGGGGUCCCACAGGUGCUCCGCAGGAGCCGAUCCACCAGAGCUCUCUGAGCCACCGUCAUCAGCGAGGUCACAGUGGCCACCCCCGAUGCAUCACAAAGGGGGUCCCGCGGGUGCUCCCGCAGGAGCCGCCCGCUGCCAGGCUGGAUCCCUGA